AUGUCUCCUAACAAAGAAGAAGAGUUAUUUAGAAAGAUCAUUCGAUCAGUAGUUCUAAGAACGAUAAUAUUCAAUCAUGUGAGAGAGAUUAGAAUGUUGUUGGGUACAACUCUGUACAAGAUACCAGGAACAAAGUACACCGUCGAUCUUGGCCAACUCAAUCAACAUCACAGAUUCAUCGAAAGAAAGUUGGGUGCAUUGGAUACAAUCAAUAGUUUGUUACAAAACUCUGUAUCCAAGUUGGUCAAACGUUCAAUACAACUCAUGUCUUUGGAGAAUGUAAAUGAUGGUGGUUCUACUUCUGGCUCUGGUGGAGGAGGACUUCGAUGCAGACACCUUGCCUUGAGUAUAAUGGAGCUCUAUACUGAUCAAGAGUCAGCUGACUAUUGUGUGGAAGCUGCUUGUGAAGCUGUAGAUAAAUACCACAAUGAAGAGCCUGUCGCACUCUAUGUAGCCUCCACAAGCCUCUGCGUCAAUAAUGAUGAUGAUGAAGGCGACAAUCAAGGCUUUGGACAGUUGGUGGCAGAACUUCCAAUCGAGAGUCUCCAAACCAUCGCUAAAAUGUUGGCAGUCGAUACCCAAGAAUGUUUCGAUAAAAAAGAUGUAAUCCAAAAGAAUCAAACAAUUGACGAUGAGGAUGGUGAAAAUGCUUACAAAGAUGACGAUGAUAAUGGUGAAGAUAACAAUGCAGGAGCAAUUUAA